GUCCAGCAAAAGAGGCUGUCUCCUUGCUUCUAGUUAAACACAAAGAGAUUUGGAAGCUGGCCUUGUGACUUAGGAAGAUUAAAAAACAAGAAAACCACAAAACCCAGAACUAUGCCAGGCCCCACAUGAACAUUUAAAUCUUGAAACAUUAAGUACUUUUUCUUUCCUGAGAAAGUCCUGUUGUGAGACAGAAGAGGCCAAACAUUUUCUACCCCCUACAGAAGAGGGUCUCUCAGUGACAAGCUUCAGGCUUUUCCUCUGGGUUUCUGAUGAUCCCUGGAAAGGUAAAAGACGGGCCGAGGAGACUGUGCAGGAACUCCAGUGCUGUUACCGAAGGCUUCCACAACCUCUGGGAUGUUGCCAUCCGGAAUGCAAAGACAGCAUCCAGCAUACCAAAUCCAUGCCUGCUCUCCGAACCCAGUCCUAGCUCCAGCUAUUGCAAGAACAAGGAGGAAGGUGGGAGUACAAAUACCCUUGCUGGUGGAAGCCGAAGCCGGAACAGUUCUGGCAGGAGCAGUGGUGCAGGUGGCAGUGGUGUCAUCACCUGUGGGCCUGGCUAUCUUCCACUAAUGCAGGAGCUGCAGAAAGCCUUUCUCAUGCGUGCUGAGUGUCCCAGGUUUAACAACGUGUCGACUUCCACAUCCCAGUGUGGACCAGGUUUGAUUGCUGUGUCUGAACUGCCCAGUGGAACAUACUUCAAAAACAUCGACUAUGAGAACUGGAAAAUGACAGAUGAAACAUCAUUCUUGAACAUUUUAAAGACAACUGAAACAGGGAAAAAGCUCACAUAUAGUAAGAGUGCCUGUGAAUUCCAAAACUUAAGCCAAAGCUACGAGGAUCUCAGUUCCCAGAAAGUAAUAAAGAGCCCCCAAAGCUGGAAGCUUCCUUGGUAUGCUACUGUGAUUCAGGAGAAGGAUCGGCACUUGGUCAUCAUGAAAGAGGAGGUCAAGCGGCUCACGGCCUUAGAGGAGGAUUGCCUGAAGAAAGAUAAUGAGCUGGCCCAACUCAAAGAGGAGGUGAAAGACCUACAGAAACGGCUGCAGUUCCUGAGUGAAGUCCAGGGAAUAGAAGUGAACCCCAAGGGAGAGGUCUCAGGUGAGAGCAAAGGAGUCAGUGAUGUGGCGGGCAAAAUGCAGGACCUGGAGCAGGCCCAGGAGCCAGAAGAUACCCCGAUGGUUCCAGAGACCAAGCCAAGUAUGGAAACCAGUGUUCUUUCCACCACAACUUAUGAGGACGUUGGAAUCCAAGAAGAAAGAGUCAUGUCAGAGGCAAGGGAGGAAGGUUCCAAAGCAAGUAUAGACAUUUAUGAGCCCCUCCCACCCUGUGAGAUAAGACGGAUCAGCAUCUCAGGGAGUAAUGCCAAAGAUGAAGAGGAGCUACGAAGCUCUGCAAAAGAUGUUCCUCAAUUUAUUGGAAAAAUCCAAAAGCUGCCUCACCUCCCUGAUGAGUGUGACAGCAAAAUGGAAGCCAAAAUCAUUGAGGAAGAUGAGAAGGUGUCAGAAGAGGAUGUAGAAGUAAUCGAGUAUUUAGACAGAGAAGCAGAGGAAGAACUCUUGGCCAGGAUAAAUGAGUAUGAGCAGGUGAACGUAGAGCUCCAGGCUGAGCUGGAAAUCACAAGAAAUGAGUAUUCGAUCAUCGCAGGAACUAUUCUGUCAUUACAAAGACAAGUGGAUUUCCAGGAAUCCCAACUGCAAAAAACUACACUGGAGAAAGAAACCCUGCAAAAGGAACUCCGAGAAAGGAAAGCUCAGCUUCAAGCCAUGUCAGACAAGUUCGCCAGCCUCCGAGAAGAACGAAAACAUGAAGAAAUGAUGGGCAUCAUUGAGAAAGACAAUCUUAACCUCAGACAGCAUGUAGCUGAGCUGGAGUUUGAACUAAGGAAGAAGGAAGACGUCAUCUCGGAGUAUGACAGUAAGAUCAAUCAGCUGGAGGCCCAGGUGAAUGCAGAUCAAAACCACAUGCGCCGGCAGGAGCGGAUCCAGGAGGACCUCCAGAACCGCUAUGAGGAAAUGAAGCUCUCUGAGCAGCAGUACCGAGUGCUCCUGGAGAUUUGCCAAGCCAGGCUGGAAAGGCUAAGAAGUAAAAUCAUGCAGGCUGCAUUUAGUACGGCAGGAAUCAAGCUUCCAUCUUCAGAAAUUACAGACACUGACAUCGUAGAAGCCUUGCAGAGAAUCAUUAGUGAACGCCUGGACUUUUAUCAGCAGCUGAAACAGAAAGGGGUGAAAGUCCCCCCACUCCACCAGAAUGAGUUGGUGCCUGCUGUCCCCAAGAGCAAGAAGAGCGUGAAGUAACAUCCAUUCUGGGGAAAAUUUCUUAGGAUUUGUUCAGCCAAGCUAAAACAAAAGUUGUUUUCUAGAAGUUGUAUGCUGUCCCGGUGUCUGUGUUUUCUGACUCCGAUUUCAGACCCCUGGCUGGGAUGGACCCAGAAGUAUGCCUGGGAUGUUCAUAAGCUCUUCCCCACUCCAACAGCAGCAUUGACAUCCCCCCCACCGACUUCUUCCAGGGUCCCUCUCAGCAGAUGACUUGUACCUCCCCAUCUUUGCUUCUCUCCUCCUACCACUCCCCUAGGUUGCUUUUUCCACUCCCAUCCUUCU